CUCUAUCUAUCUUUCUCUCUCUCAAGACAAAAGAAAUAAAUAUUUUAGAAAAAAAAAAAAAAAAGAAAAAGAAAAACUUUUGCUCUUUCCUCCUUCAUGUCCAUGUCCAUCCACUGAUCCUGCGUCUCUUCUUCGCUUCCCUGCCCUCAGGAAGAGACGAUUCGUGGAUCAGCUUAUGGGACUGUGACCUCUGAUAGAUGAAUUCAUAUAUCUAUGUUCCAUCUUUCCUGAAUGGUUGAUUAUGAUAUUAGGAACUUCUAUCAAGCGGUGAAGUUCCCAAGGAGAUGAUAAAACUAUGGAAGUCAUAUUUGAAGGAGGCAUCUGUUCUCUGCUGGUGCUUCAUAGUUUGUUAAUUAGGUUCUAAUUGAUGAACCAUGGACCUUUAGUAAGUAAAGAUUAGAUGAGAGAAGAAUUUGAUAUUUGCUUAGUUAACAAGUCAUCAGAAUGGGUAGUGGAAGUCCCAAUUCCCAGAUUACUCCAUAUACUGGGGCAACAACUUCUGUAGAACCUUCUUUUUUGCAUGGUGAAUUGGAUUUAUGGAUUAUUGAAGCUAAAUCUCUCCCAAAUAUGGAUUUACCUGCAGAGCAUAUUAGAAGAUGUUUUACUGUGUUUGGAUCAUGCUCUGAUCCUUGUGGACAGAAAGGUGUGAAGCAUUCAGGCAAAAACUCAAUGAUUACAAGUGACCCUUAUGUAUCUGUUUGCCUUGCAGGAGCAACGGUAGCACAAACUAGAGUAAUUGCCAACUGCGAGAACCCAUUAUGGGAUGAGCAUUUCUGUGUGCCAGUUGCACAUCCUGUUGUAAAAGUGGAGUUCCAUGUUAAGGAUAAUGAUGUGCUUGGGGCUGAACUAAUUGGAGUAGUAGAAAUAUCUGUUGAUAAAGUCAUUUCAGGAGAUCUAAUUAAUGAUUGGUUUCCGGUCAUCGGUCAUUAUGGGAAUUGUAUGAAACCUGAUCCUGAAUUACACAUUUCCAUUCAGUAUAAGCCGGUUUGUAAAAACCCUCUAUAUAAAGAUGGUGUUGGUGUCGGACCAGAUUAUGCAGGUGUUCCUAGUACAUACUUCCCGCUCCGCAAAGGAGGGAAUGUGACUUUAUAUCAAGAUGCUCAUGUACCUGCAGGUAUGCUACCUGAAAUUUUACUUGAUGGUGGAAAAGUUUUCAAGCAUAAUAGAUGUUGGGAAGAUAUUUGCCAUGCCAUUUUGGAGGCAAACCACCUGAUAUAUAUUAUUGGAUGGUCAAUAUACCAUCCUGUUAAGCUUGUGAGGGAGCCAACAAAGCCACUACCUUGUGGAGGAGAGCUGAACUUAGGAGAGUUAUUGAAGUACAAGUCACAGGAAGGGGUACGCGUAGUUUUGCUGAUAUGGGAUGAUAGAACUUCACAUAACAAAUUUUACUUAAAAACGGAAGGUGUCAUGCAGACCCAUGAUGAAGAAACUAAGAAGUAUUUUAAAAACACUAGUGUCCAUUGUGUUCUUGCACCUCGUUAUGCUAGCACUAAGCUUAGCAUUUUCAAGCAACAGGUUGUAGGAACACUUUUUACACAUCAUCAGAAGUGUUUAGUUCUCGACACUGAUGCUUCUGGAAAUAAACGGAAAAUUACAGCUUUCAUUGGUGGUUUGGAUUUAUGUGAUGGCAGAUACGACACUCCUGAGCACAGGCUUUUCUCUGAUCUUGACACAGUCUUUGAAAAUGAUUACCAUAACCCUACAUUUCCAGAUAAUGCCAAAAGCCCAAGGCAACCUUGGCAUGAUUUGCAUUGUAAAAUUGAGGGUCCAGCUGCAUAUGAUGUAUUGACAAAUUUUGAACAAAGAUGGGGAAAGUCCAAAUGGCGUGACUUCAGGCUGAGAAAGGUUACUCAAUGGCGUGAGGAUAUAUUGAUAAAGUUGGAUCGUAUUUCAUGGAUACCCACUCCUUCCCCUGGUCCUGAUGGUGACAAAAAUGUACGAGUCACUGAUGAAGAAGAUCCCGAGAAUUGGCAUGUGCAGAUAUUCCGGUCUAUAGACUCAGGAUCUGUAAAGGGAUUUCCAAAGGCCACUGAGGAAGCUGUGGCUAAGAAUCUUAUAUGUGGGAAGAACCUGAAGGUAGAUAAAAGCAUUCAUACUGCAUACAUAGAAGCAAUAAGAUCAGCACAACAUUUCAUAUAUAUCGAGAAUCAGUAUUUUGUCGGAUCUUCCUACCAUUGGCCAUCAUACAAAAAUGCAGGUGCGGAUAAUUUAGUCCCUAUGGAACUGGCCUUGAAAAUUGCUAGCAAAAUCAGUGCACAUGAGCGUUUCUCAGUAUAUGUAGUACUACCGAUGUUUCCAGAAGGUGUCCCUACUAGUGCCUCUGUACAAGAGAUUUUGUUUUGGCAGGGGCAGACAAUGACCAUGAUGUACAAGAUUAUUGCUAAGGCACUCAAAGAUGCAGGCCUCUCUGAUCAGUAUCAUCCACAGGACUACUUGAACUUUUUUUGCCUUGGCAAACGUGAAGCUUCAUCUGCAUACAAUUCUUCCCAGCUAAAUCAGACAACCGACAACCGUUCCCUGGCAGCAGCUCAAAAAUAUGGCAGAUUUAUGAUUUAUGUCCAUUCUAAAGGGAUGAUAGUUGAUGAUGCAUAUGUAAUUAUAGGAUCAGCAAACAUUAACCAAAGAUCCUUGGACGGUUCAAGGGACACAGAAAUUGCAAUGGGUGCUUACCAACCAACUUAUACUUGGGCAGCAAAAAAAUCUCAUCCACGUGGCCAGGUAUAUGGUUAUCGGUUAUCCCUGUGGGCAGAGCACCUGGGCAUUCUCGAGGAGGAUUUCCGCAAUCCGCAGUCUGUUGAAUGCAUGAAGCUUGUCAAUAAAAUUGCAAAACGAAACUGGAAUACCUAUGUAGCUGAGGAAAACAAGGAAAUGAGAGGUCAUUUAAUGCAAUACCCAGUUCAAGUCAACAGAGAUGGAAAAGUUAGUUCAUUGCGAGGCCACCAAACGUUUCCUGAUGUUGGAGGAAAAGUUCUUGGAUCACCAACUACACUUCCUGAUGCUCUAACCACAUAAUAUUCAAUUCAAGUUUUCACCAAAAGUCUAACUGAGAAAUAUGGAUGAGUUUAUACACCAAAUAUAAUUUAAGGGAAGAAGUUUUUUGAGAUUCUUGAUAGGCGGAGCGGGGACUUUAAGGAUGAAUAUUUCUAACAUAUACCAUUGUUGCAACUUCUAGCUAGGAUCACGAUGAUAAAGUUCUGCUAGUAUAUACUAACCAGAACUUGACAAAAGCACAUGAAGUUUCUGACUAAUGCUAGAAAGUGGAUAUAGAAGAUGUUUAGAGCAACUGAAAAUGUUUAAAAUCUGAAUUUUAUCAAUAUUUGUUUUAUUUCAAAUUUUCAGAGAUUAUCAUGUAUAUGCAUUUUCUUGUCUCCGAAGAAAUUCAAUGGUGAAAUUCAUUAUAGAAAGUUUGGAGGAAAUAA